GGAAAUAAUCUGCUGAAGUCUGAAAGGAAAUAAAAAUUGCAGACUGAUCAGCAGGUGUAGUAGGUUCAGCAUCUCUGAAAGUAAGAAGUUACCAGCCUUGUUCUGAACUGCUCAACACAAGCAGCAGUGGCUCAGAGCUGUGUGUGGGUACAGGUUUGCCAUUGCUGCUGCAAUGCUGACAGGCAGCAUCUGUUGCUUACUGCCCUUUGGUCUGUGUUUCUAAGUUCUGGAGUUUUCCUUUAUAUAGGGAAUUUGGAGUCGAUUUAAACCACUUUGGGUUGGAGAUGAAGAUGUGUCUCAUUUGGGAAUGAGACUGUCCAGGGACCCUUUUUUGUUCCUCCCUCUGAAUAUUUAAGAGUAGUUCUAAAGGUGAAUUGUGUUUGAGCUGAGGAAACAGCUUUGCAUACCUGAUCCUGCCGAUCCUGGCCAUGGUGUUGUGUUUACAAAGCUUGAAUGCAGCACCCCUGCAGUAACAAGCAUUUGAAGGCAGAUGAGUAGGGGGAAAGCUGAAUUGCUGCAAUUACACCUGCAUAUUUUACUUCUUACUUUUUAUUUUGUAUUUAUCUCAGAUAGGCUGACAGUCAAGUGACAAGGUCUGUGUGGUUGCCAGCUGAUAUGAUCUUAAGAACCACUGAACUUAAACAGAGCCCUAAAAAUACUGUCCCUGUCUUGCAAACACUUUGGAAUUCAGCAAUAGCAAUGAAAUUACUGGAUAUACUCUCACAUCCCUAAAGCUUUGAAUACAUAGGGAAUGGGAUAUAAAUGAAGGAAUGUACCUGUGUUACUGAGAGCUGGCAAAGAUCUGUGCAGCAGCAUCUGUUUUAUAGUUGUUUGUGCAGUAAAGACUCAAACUGCUUGGAGGCCUUUUAUUUUUAGGCACCAGGGUCAUUUUGUCUCACCUUUUUUUUGAGAAUGAGGUAGAAAUAUAUUUUAAAUCUUUGAGGAUGUAAAUCCUUAUGUUCAAACUUAAUUUUUUUCCUUCUUUUUUCUCAAGGUACUGCUUUAUGCAGAACUUUGAGUUGGAGCACUCAUUCUUAAAGAUUUCUCAUUGUUUUUCUGCAACUCUGAAAGCAGAAAAUGUGUUUGUUCUUCAGUUGUUAAAUUCUUAUAAUUGCUUACCAUCAAAGUGUAAAUCAAAUACUGCUCAUCAGUCUGGGCUAAAUUGGCACCAAUGAAAUUUCAAAAGGAGAUGAUAGUCAAUUAAUAAGAUGUUGAGAACAGUAAGUUUUGAUUUCAAAGUUGGUACUUUAUUAUUGACCUCUAGUGUAGGUGUCUAAAAUAUUUGUUCUUUCCUGGGCUUGUAUCAACUGCAAGGACAAAUUCUCCUUUUAAGCCAAUUGUACAAUAGAAACUUCUACGAACGUGUAUAGACUUGGAUCAAUAGUCUUGAAAUAUAAUUUUUUAUUUCUGUAUAAACUAGAGACUGUAAUGAGAAUUAAUCAUUGUCUUCCUUUAUCCAUCCAGAUGUUUUCUCAGCUGUUGUGGAAAGCUUCUUCACUUAAGCAGAUGCUGUGAUAAAUGACCUGUGAAAUGGAUGUGAUACACAGAUUUUUUUUUUCUUUUUUGCAUUAGUUAUGAGGAAACUAUUAAAAAAACCCCAAAACCCACAACCCCAAAAAAUCAGUCCAACAUAGAAUUAUUUUCAGUUUGAAUAUAAGGCCAAUACGUAUGGAGAACUGAUACUUUGAGAAGAUUCCUAAAUCCCCAGCAUCCCUUCUUGGGGUGUUUGCCUACAGAGGGUUGCAGUAAGACAUUGAAUUGCUUUAUUUAGUUUGCUCUGAGCACAGAGGGUGUCUCUUGCAGUAGUCCACAGGCAGUCAGGAGGCUCAGAGGCCGUUUCACGUUGCUGUUGAACCUGAUGGAACACACGGUGAGUAAAUGGAAUUGCAUGCUUCACUUUGGGUGCGGGGUAGGACACAGCUCUGCUGGUUCCUGAGAGCCUCAGAGCUGCGCGUGGAGCGGAAUGUUUUGGCAUGUGUGCAAAUGGCAUCGCUGUGAGCUGUGCGCCACACUGGACACAGGCAGGUAAAUUCUUGUGUCUAGGGGCCCCUGAGGAUUCCAGGAUGGUGUUUAGUCAGGGAUUGAACCUUGCUUCAACGUUGCCGUUGAGGUAGUUACAAAGUUACUGGGCUGUUUGCUGUCAUAUGGGGGUCAAAUAGUGGACCCUACAAACUGCAGAAUUUCAUCCUUUCCCUGGUUUUAACCUCUGUUUCUGCAAGUAAUGGCAUUUGAGCACAGCUGAUGGCUGUGUCCAGAGUCCUGUGGGUGCCUUGCUUCCUGUCCUGCGGCUUUCCCGUUGCUUGCAAGUGGUGAAUAGAGGUGGGCAGAUCCCGCAUGCUUGGAAAGUCCUCUCAAGCUUGUGCAUCUUUCCUUCUGUGAAACAGAAAGAGGUGUUGUUCUUUUUCUAGCGUUCAGUGCUGUUGUCUUCUGCAGCCUGUAGGCAUGAAAGACUGAUGAAACUGGUAAUUUCUUUAUAGAAUAUUUUUUACAGUAGAUUUCAGUUGUCUUGAAGCAGACUGAGAGGAAGAGGCUCAACAUAGGCUGGGCUGUGAUAACUUUGUGCUGCUGAAGGUCAGGUUUCUGUUGACCCUUUUUCAUGUACGAUGUGACAAAUCUUUCAAAAUCAGGAUGGGUAGCAGGAGGCGAAACCUAUUUUGCAGACCAGCACGUUGAAAAUCAAGGCUGUUGUUCCUGUGAGGAUGAAAAUAGAUCUUCAUCUGAUACAUGGAGGGCUGCUUUCCUCUAGAAGCUCUUAAAGACAUUCAGACCAUGUGUCAUGUCCAGCCACAAUUACAUGUCACUGUGAAACCAGAAGACUGACCUUACUGACUUGGCUUUCACAAUCAUUUCUACAGAGCUGACUUCAUUCCUGUACAUGGUGCAAGAUGUUACUCAGCUUCAAAGCUGUACAGAAUGCCAGUGGUGGUGUCCCAGCAGAGAUUCUCCAAGGUCACAUGGUUCCAUGACACAUGUGUGUAUAUAUGCGAGAUGCCUGGGGACUCUGCUCAGACUGCGCUGAACUUCUCUCUUCAGAGCCACUCAUCGGUUCAGAAAAGUCACCUGCCACCAUGAUGCCUGGGGGCUUAUCUGACACCAAGCCAGCUACUCCAGAAGUUCAGCAGCUUGUUAACCAGGUGAAGCCACAGUUUGAAAGCCGGGCAAACAUGAACUGUGGUGUCUUUACAGCCAUAGCAUAUAAGACUCAAGUGGUUGCUGGGACAAUGUACUUUAUUAAGGUCCAAGUUUCUGAUGCUGAAUAUGUCCACUUAAAGGUGUUUCAGAGUCUUCCUCAUGAGAACCUAGGUCCCAGCCUUGUCAGUUUUCAGACUGGCAAAACCAGAGAUGACCCUCUGACCUACUUCUAAGACAAGAUGUGUUGCAGUGCCUCACCUCCGCAAAUCCUAUGGGGGAUUCUGCCCAUGACAGUAAAUAAAAUAAGUUUGGAAAGCUGUUGUCCAUACUUUCCUUUUGCUGCUGAUCUUUCUCUUGUUAUCUUUCAUAUCUGCCACAAGA